UAUUAUGAAUAUGCUGUUUAAUCUUCAUAUUCUUAUCAAAACUGUCCCUGUACAUUUCUCCAUACAAUAUGCUGAAAGUUGCAUGGUGACAUCCAAAUGAUUCUUUCUGCCCAGGUAUUUCGUUUGCUUGGAGGAGUCGGGAUUUCAACAUGGCGAUGCCCAAGAAGCCAUUGUUCGUAGUGUAUCUUACAAACAUUGUGUUAAGCUUUACUUUCCAUAAGCAAACAUAUGGAUGGACAUAGAGCUUUAUAAAACAUUAUAUCUUUUUUAUUUGAUCUGAACAAAGAGUUUUGAAUUUUAUGGAGUUUCGUGGAGGAAAGGUGUUUCUCUGUGCUCAGUGUUCUGUUGGUCAAUCUUCUUUUCUUUCUGCAAUGAGAGCACUCUGUUGCAUGUAAUGAGACAUAAAACUAUAACUUGUGUUAUUCAUUGGGCUUUAGGAUCCUGUGUUAGUUAUUAAUGUGUUUCUAACAGCUUUGGUUCUAACUCUCAGAAACUAUUUGAAGAUAAUAAAAAUGAGGUCGUCCCAUGAUCUGUAUUUGCCCAUUUUUGCUUUGUGAAGAAGACUGUCGCAUGUUCAAGAUUUAAGUCAGUUUCUCAUCUCUGUAAUACUUCACUCAAGUUUCUGUGCUCUGUUUGGUUUUCAGCACUGCGUGAAGCAGCCUGAAACCCCUUUCCUGCCUCUUUACUCAUUGAUUACAACCUUAUAAGAUCCUCUGUCACUCCCUCUGGCCUCCCGCUGUUCCAUCCUGUCUGCUUCUUCAUCAUAAUUAAUCAGCUACAGUCAGUAGUCGAGCAGAUUCUCGUUUCUGUGAUGAUUGGCUCCUCCUGAUUGAAGGUGGAGCCUCCAGCGAUGCAUCACGCAAACGUACCAGCGCAGCAGGACUCAUCCUCUCCGCCUCUCCCUCCCCUCCCUCUCCUUACCUCUCACUCUUCCUCUCACACAUACGCCAGAGCUCAGACUGCAGCAGAGCGCAAAGCCAGCAAGGAUUUUACCAUUUCUUUUUGGGAAGGCAGAGAGACGUUUACCUGCUGAGGAGAGCCUGCAUGGAGGGUUGAUUGAAGAGGAGAAUCUCACAAGCUGCUGAGUGUGUAGGUUGACACCUGGUCUUCAGAAGCAUUUGCGAGGACUUUUGUAAGCCUCUCCAUCUUUCCCAAGUGCACACUGCCAGCUUCCCGUCACCUCUUCUGGUUAGGAUGCUCCGCUGUGCGCCCCUGUGCUAAGGCGGCGUCGGCGGGCAGCAGCAUGGACGCUGUGCUGGCCGGCAUCCCCACCAUCCCCUCCACCACCACCAAUCUGCCACCACCACCACGCUGCCCAGCCGAGCCGGGGGCUCCCCCCAUCCCCGCUGAUGGGCGAAGACACUGACGCCACCCUGACGCUCAACCACCACGGCUUCCUCCCCGACCACAACUAUGUGACUGAAGGGCUGCUCCUGGCUAUAGCCUGAAGAGCUCCGCCCAUCCUGUCCACCCCUCUCCACCCUGGAGUCCUCCCCCAGGAUGUUGAGCCCCAUCCAGGUGCUGUGCUCCGACAUCACUACCCUUUCUCUGGAGCCUGAGCCGUUUGCCUCUUACACUGAAGCGGAUAUCAUCUCCACUGUAGAGUUCAACCACACAGGAGAGCUCCUGGCCACAGGGGACAAAGGAGGCCGUGUGGUAAUCUUUCAGAGGGAACCAGAGAGCAAGUCUGAGCCAUUUUCCCAGGGAGAGUACAAUGUGUACAGCACCUUUCAGAGCCAUGAGCCCGAAUUCGACUACCUUAAAAGUCUGGAGAUUGAGGAGAAGAUCAAUAAGAUCCGAUGGCUGCCUCAGCAGAACGCUGCUCACUUUCUCCUCUCCACCAAUGAUAAAACCAUAAAGUUGUGGAAGGUGAGUGAAAGAGAUAAGCGACCAGAAGGAUACAACCUGAAGGAUGAAGAAGGUCGCAUCAAGGAUGUCUCUACAGUCACCUCUUUACAGGUGCCGGUCUUGAAGCCGAUGGACCUGAUGGUGGAGGUGAGCCCCCGACGGGUGUUUGCCAACGCCCACACGUACCAUAUCAACUCCAUCUCGGUCAAUUCGGACUACGAGACCUACAUGUCGGCGGACGACCUGAGGAUCAACCUCUGGCAUCUAGACAUCACUGACCGCAGCUUCAACAUUGUGGACAUCAAACCAGCAAACAUGGAGGAUCUGACGGAGGUGAUCACAGCUGCAGAGUUUCACCCCCUCCACUGUAACCUGUUUGUUUACAGCAGCAGCAAAGGCACCCUACGCCUCUGUGACAUGAGAGAAGCAGCGCUGUGCGACAAGCACUCCAAAUUGUUUGAGGAGCCCGAGGAUCCUAGCGCUCGCUCCUUUUUCUCCGAGAUUAUCUCCUCCGUGUCUGACGUGAAGUUCAGCCACAGCGGUCGCUACCUGCUCACCAGAGACUACCUGACUGCAAAGGUGUGGGACCUCAACAUGGAGAGCAAGCCCCUGGAGACAUACCAGGUACACGAUUACCUCCGCAGCAAGUUGUGCUCCCUUUACGAGAACGACUGCAUCUUUGACAAGUUUGAGUGUGCCUGGAACGGCUCGGACAGUGUGAUUAUGACCGGCGCCUACAACAACUUUUUCCGAAUGUUUGACCGCAACACCAAGCGAGACGUGACCCUGGAGGCCUCGAGGGAGAGCAGCAAACCCAGAGCCGUCCUGAAGCCACGGAGGGUCUGCGCCGCCGGCGGGAAACGGCGGAAGGACGACAUCAGCGUGGACAGCCUGGACUUCACCAAGAAGAUCCUGCACACGGCCUGGCACCCCAACGAGAACAUCAUCGCCAUCGCCGCCACCAACAACCUGUACAUCUUCCAGGACAAACUCAACUCUGAGAUGCACUGAUGAAGGGUCGUCGGCGGCGGGUCCAAACGAGUUUACAAGCAAACAUGCAACUAUGCUAGAAUGUACAUUAUCAGACUCAAACGCUGGCCCACAGAACCCAGGAAGAUGCCUAACGCACACAGUCAGAAUGCAUACACACGUUCAUCUCCUCCUUAGCCUCCCACAAGUGAACAGAGUCCAGUCAGGGAUAAAAAAAAAAAGGAAACUGGCUGCAUUACGCAAUGGGUUAUUAUUGAAAAUUGUCCAAACUGUGUUUAUUUUUAUUGUUAUCCUGUGGAUUGUGGUAAAUGGUGUGGUAAUCACCACAGCUUGGCUUCUGAGUGGGAUCAGAUCUCCUCUCGGGCUGGAAGGACGUUUACAUUUCUUUGUCUUUUUUUAACUCUUCAGGCUCUCUUGCUUUCUCCACCUCCUCCUCCUCACCUCUCUGUAUUCGUGUGCUCAAGCAAAGCCUAUUCUUAUCCCCUUUGCCCACUGUUUUGUGUAAAAAAAAAAAAAAAAAAAAAAAAUUGGGCCAUUUAUAUAACUGUCUGUUUUUCAUUCCAGAUAAAGCUCUCUGUUUUUGUAACUUCUUGUUAAAUGUCGACGACGAAAGGCAGACCUGAUGGUGAAAACGAAGCGACACGUGAGAUAUGCAAAGAUGAACCCCGUGACUUUCCCCUCAUCCCAAACUGCACCAGACGCCUCUGCCCUCAAGAGGGGUGAAGCACUCACAGUCCUGCAGGCAGAAGCAGACGCUAACAGACACAAACCCACUACGAACCGUGUGUUUAAGCAAUGACUGUUUUCAUUUUUAGCCAAAACACAUCCAAACAUAUCAGUUUGUGUUUUUCGCUUCUGAUCCAGGGCUGUUGUGUGUGCUGCUGCUGCUGCUUCAACACUCAAUACAUUAAACUCAGAUAAAGCAAAAAAGUAAAAAAAUAAUCAUAAAUAUAAAAAAAAAAAUAAAUAAAUAAAAAAAACGGCGAAGAAAUAUUUGCAACAAUCAAGCAAAAAGAUGCUGCAUGUUCAACAGAUUUACUUUAUAAAUCGUCUGUCUGACUGACUUGGCUGCCUUCUUUAAACAUUUAAACCUAGCUGUAGAAAGGCUUCAGGGGGACCUGAGGGGGGUUCCCUCCACAGCAGCACGAGCCGCCGUAGAUAACCCUUGACCUCCUAUUUGUGUCCUCGGAUGCAGAAGCAUGUUUACUCGAGUUCGGUUUGUACACGUCCAUUCUGAAUGAAGCCGUCCACAAAUCAGUGUAAACUGAGAACAGAGAAAAAUGGGGAAUGUUUCAGAUUAAAUGUUGUACCUUAAAAUAAUCGGAAUAACAACAACAACAACAAAACUUUAGAGCGGCCUCAGUGGUGUUUGUAUAUAACGGCUCUGUUUCUGACAUGAGGUUUAGUUUCGUCUGUCGACCAACCGCGGCCUCCAAAGCUACAGCGGAGUGAUGGUACUUUAAUCUCUUCGGCCUUCCUCACUGAUUACUUUUUUUUUUUUUUUUUGGAUGUGCAGAAGUUUUUAUUUUUUAAAAGACGGGCGCUUCUAUGUUUGGAAUAUGUGUCGGUCGUACUCCAUGUCUUUAUCAAAUACAGUUGAUUCACAUAUUUUUGUCUAAAUAUAUGUUGACAUGAUUGUCAAAUGGACAGUUAUAAAUAAUGUUAAUAUCUUCCUUUGUUUCUUUCUCUUUUUUUCAAUAAAGGAUUCAACAAAAUUGCA